UUGUCCACAGCGCCUGUAUUUACAAGCUCGCAGCAACCACAGAGCCGCAGCCCGGGGCUCCCAGGUUUCUGUAAACUCGCCCUGGAUCCCAGGCUGGACUGCGGGCUCUGCGUGGCAGAUCUUCAAGAAAACCCAGACUCGUUCUUCCAAGUGUGUUUUUGAGUGCUUCGCAAGUAAACAGGGUCGCCGCGGGACGACAGCGCUGGAGAGAAGCUGUGGGCGCUUCGCAGUUCCUGGCUCCAGCACCUUGUGAUUUCCAUUCACCGAAGGGAAGAGCUCAGUCCAAUGGCCGUGGAGACAGAUGUGAGAUUCUUAUAAAUUGCAAAGGAAAAUACAUCACUCACCCAUGGAGGGGAAGAGACAGCUGGACAAGAGGGACUUUGGUAAAAGACUUUCUCUGGACAGUAGUCUUGUGGAAUACAUGGACUCUAAUAAAUGCAUCGAACACCUGUUGACGCAGCUCAGGGAGCAGCACAGGAGUCUCUGGCGGGAGAAGUUGGCUGUGGCCAGGCUGCAGAGAGAAGUCACCCAAAGGACAAACCAAGGGGCCAUGCACGAGAAGCUGAUACAUGACUUGGAAGAGGAGCGACACUUACGGCUACAGAGUGAGGAGCGGCUGCGGGAGGUGACCCUGGAGUCAGAGCGUACCAGGAUCCAGAUGCGGGGCCUGCAGCAGCGGUUUUCCAGAAUGGAGGAAACUGUCCGAAGUCUGCUGCAGAGCCAAGGAACUCCAGAGCAGAAAAGGGAAGAACCUGCCAAGAUCACAGCCUACCAGGAAAGAGUACCUGAGGAAGAGAGAAAACACCAAGAAGCACUGGGUGAUCUGCACGUGGCAGUAGAUGAAGAAUCAAUGAGUGAACACAGCAGUACUGAUGAGGGCAAAGAAGACAAUAGGCUGCUCUUAAAGAGGCUGAAGGCUCUGGAGGCGGAGAAUUCAGCCCUGGCGCUGGAAAAUGAGAAUCAAAGGGAACAGUAUGAGAGAUGUCUUGAUGAGGUAGCCAACCAAGUUGUUCGAGCUCUACUCACUCAAAAGGAUCUGAGGGAGGAAUGUGUAAAGUUGAAAACAAGAGUGUUUGAUUUGGAGCAACAGAACCGAGUGCUCAGCAUCCUGUUCCAACAGCGAGUCAGACCGGCGUCUGAUGUGCUCCUCCAGGAACACCUCCAGAACGCAAAAUCAGGAACCCCUGCCUUGAAACACUAUGGCUCCGGGGUUGUCAUCCCUGAUCACCUCUGUUCUCAAAACAGCUGCAGCAGCACCAGCAGCGAGCUAUCGCUGUCAAGCACCUGCAGCGAGUACUCCAGUGGCUCCUCCUACACGUGGCAAGAAAGGAAGCUCCCUGGGAGAAGGCAAUCAUCACAGAACUGGAAUAAAAGACUGAGUAUCGAUUCUUCACUCCCAAGUGGCUUUGCCAGCCCUGCGGAUGAACUACCUCCAACUCGUAUCAAAGAAAGUCACAUUUUGGAAGGGCUGAGGAAGCUACAGAAGCGGAAAGUGUUACUUGAGCCACCAUCAGUGAUGACAAAGUGGGGCUAUAAAGACUGCAUGAAUUCGAACGAAGGGAUCUAUUCUCCAGGAAUUAAAAACAGCAGCCUCAAGGAGUAUCCCCCCUGCCAACCGCCUGGCACAGGCACCCCUUGCAAGGAUCUCCAUCAGACUUUCAUCUGUGAUACAAAUUCUCAUGAGGAUGCACAGGAAGAUUUCCCAUCCUCAGCCAUGCCACUAGCAGUUCCAAACCAGAGCUGCAGGACACAGGGCAGUAAAUUAACCCACAGUAUUUCAGACAGUCUAUUUAGCUGGGAGCCACGUGGAAAAUACUUUCUAGAAGGCCCAGCCUCAGUUUAUACCAGGGAGAUGCCUGAAAGGCUAGCUCGUUGUGCUAGCCACUGUCCCUUCGACAGGAAGCUAUGUCCCAGCAUGCACCUGCCCUGGGUGCAAACGGACAGGGACCCACGCAGCCAACAUGGCCACUUGGCUCUGAACCUUCAGCUUUCAGAUACUGAGGACAAUGAAACCCUAAAUGAAUUACACAUAGAGAGCAGCGAUGAGAGAAGCCCUUCAGACCUGUCAGUGACCGGGGACACGGACAGGUCCACGGAGAACCUAGAAGUGGGAUUUGGAAAAUCUGAGUGUGACUCUCAUGAUGGGGAUGCAGAGGAGUGCCCCGCCCUCUUAGAGAUGAGGCCAAAGACAUUCAACUUCAUCAAGCAGCAAAGGGUUGUCAAGAGGACCUCUUCAGAAGAAUGUGUCACAGUCAUAUUUGAUGCAGAAAAUGGAGAGCCUGUUGAAUUUAGCUCUCACCAGACUGGAGUUGUCACUGUGACCAGGGAUGAAAUUUCCAUCAACUCAGCCCCUGCUGGGCCCUCAGGAGAACUCACUGAACUUUCACCUCAGGGAAUUACUCAUUUACAGCCAGGCGCUACUGCGAGAGACUAUCCUUUUCUGGAGAAACCUGAAGAGGAGACUGAGAAAAACAUUCCAAAAGAAGAGAACUAUAUUCCCACAGCUCUGAACGACUCCUUCAGCUUUCAGACUGUAGUAACUCCAAACUCCCCACCACCGAAGCUCACCAAACCAACUCAAGAUAUAGCCUGGCACAGUAAUUCUAGACCUGUGGCAAACAUGGGUGUCUGUGCAAAGCAGGGUCUGACAAAAAUCCCUUCCAGAAGCAAGUCUUCGCCUCAGAAAUCAAAACUGGUGGAGCCUGUGCCUGCUAUGCUAGUCCCUUCCAGUGGACUAGUGACACUUGAAAAGGCACCAGCAUCUCCUCUGGGGAAACGCUCACCGUGCAUAAAGACAGAGAGCCCUGGUUCUCUCUGUGAUGUGCAACCAGAAUCACACAUUCCAAAACAUCCCUCUCAGCUUCCUCGUAUCCCCAAAAUUUCCAAUAAGAAGAAUUGGGUCCAGUGUCCCAAAGGUCAGGCUGCAGGGAUUCAGUCACGGUGUCUCACAGGGAGUGGUGACAGUGCUGAAGCUUCCAUGAAGGUCAAACGCUGUAGCUCUGGUCCAGAGACAAGAGUGAGGUCUCCCUCUCCUCCACCCCCUCCAGGGAGGUCAGUCUCCCUUCUGGUCAGACCAAGUUAUGACUACCCACCGCUGCCAUCACCUGCCAAGCCUAAUCCUAGAGUCCCUGGUGACCCUGUAAGUGCAGGGUUGAAGUCCCCACUGUUGAAAGGAUCCUCCACUCCCGUCAUCUCUUCGAGUCCAGCUGUGUCAGAAAUACAGAAGAAGAAAACGUCUCUGGCCUCCAAAAAGCCAUCCAUCCCUCCAGGUCCUCCUCAGACUGAAGCAGUAGUGCAUACCCGGUACCCCGACCACACAUCUUCCAGCUCAUUCGUUGUGAUGGUUCCAGGGCCUCCAAAGGUCUCUCCAAAGAGAGGCAUCCCCAAACCUCCCCCUCACCAAGCACUUGGAACCACACCUAUGGACACGGAGUUACAAGCACCCAAGACUUGUCCUUCAACAUAUGAAUCACUAGAGGUAACAUCCUCUAAAAGCCUGGCUCCAGGGAAAAAAGGACAGUUGAGUGACAACACUGUGAUACCCCACAGGCCUUCCUUCUCAGGGGCAAAUGAGCCCUUGACACCUCAGGUUAACAAUCCCUCCUCAUCUUUCUCAUCCUGCAGAAACCAGGGCACCUCACAAGGCAGUCAAAACCCUCCCGAGAAAGGACCGAAAACUCGACUCCCAGUAGGACUCAAAGUUCUCAUGAAGUCUCCUCAGUUGCUCAGGAAAACGUCCAUGGUGCCAGGGAAACAAGAAAAGGAUAGUUUAAAUGAAGCUUCUAAAAGUUCUGUGACGGUGAGCAAGUCUAACCCUGAAGACUCCAGAGACUCAGCAAGUUUGGAGGCCACACAGGAUGAGAGAACAACAGCCUCGCUAGGACCACGAGGUCCAGACAGCUUAGAUCGAGGGCUUCCUUUGGAGUCAGCAUUGGCAGAGUCACUGGAAAGCAGCACCUCCAAAGCUGAUAGAAGAGACGAGAUAGAGAGCAGAUCCAUAAAGAGGCCCUUCUCUUCCAGUAAGCCACACCUAAAGCCAGCUCUAGGCAUGAAUGGCGCCAAAGCUCGGAGCCAGAGCUUCAGCAUCCACUUGGGAGAGAAGCCCUCCACAGCCCCAACGGAAGGGCCAGGCAAGAUUCGAACUCAGAUCAUUACCAACACAGCUGAGAGAGGCAAUUCUCUCACCAGGCAGAACAUCUCCAUGGAAGGAUCCCCAAGCAAGAGCCCCUCUGUGUCAACAUCUGAUCAUCUGCCCAGUGCUGGAAGGCCACUGGGGCAGUCCUUUUCUAGGCAGGGCUCUAUGUGUAGCACAGGAAGUUCCAGCAGCCAGCACGGAAGUCCAAGCAAGUUACCUUUGAGGAUGCUCUCAAGGCCAGAAGGACUCCUCACUCCUGGAGUGGAAGACCAACAGAUCUCUGCCCAGGAAGAAUGUCCUGGGAGAGAUGUAUGUGAGCAAUCUAGUAGCAACCACCAUAGGCAUCCAUCCACCCCACCAGACCCUCAAUCCCUACACAUCCCAGCGAGGAUGCGUCGCCCAAGUGAUUUGGAAAUAAGUGGAAUAUCCAAGCUAGAAACUUCUGGAAGGCAUCCAGAUGCUUCUCCAACUGGGACUAGUGUCGCAAGCCCAGAAGCCCCCCUCUCCCCCUCCAUUGAAGAAAAGGUCAUGUUGUGCAUUCAAGAGAAUGUGGAAAAGGGCCAAGUACAGACAAAGUCUGCCUCUGUGGAAGUGAAGCCCAGGGCAGGGCCUUCCUUCACCAGCUGGUUUGGUUUUCGAAAGAGCAGACUUCCAGCUCUCAGUAGCAGGAGAAUGGAAGCCUCCAAAGGCAAAGUGGAAAGGAAAGAUAUGAAACUGAAAUCAGAGAGGAAGAAAGAGAAGAAGAAAGCUGAAGUACAACCCAAGAGAGAAAAUGAACUGAAUAGGGGCACCAAGGCAACAGAGGGUCGGAGUCCAGAGGCUGCUUUGCAGCGCACAGAUAAUCUGAAAGCACCACCAGACAUUUAUAACCAAAUGAAGUUGGAGCCGAGGAAUAGACCUAGCCCUGCUGUGUGCACAACAAAAGAUGCCUUCAUGACAGAACUUCUUAACAGAGUUGAUAAGAGAGGCGCUCUACAGACAGAAAGUGGAUCAAAGGGUGUUUCCUGCAGGAGAGUGUUAGAGGGCACCUCCCAGGGCUCCUGUUUCGCCAGCAGCUCUCUCAGCACUCAAGGAAGUCAAAAGAAAAACAUCAAAACCAAAGUUGAUAUGGAAAAACCAAGAGAGUCCUUGGGGACAGAGGUCGAGGAAGACGGACGAGAGGAUGAAGAAGAUAGAGUUGCUGACUCUGCACUCCAAAGCCAUGGGAUAGAAUCAAACUGCCAGAUGAGAACACUGGACAGUGGAAUUGGAACCUUUCCCCUCCCAGACUCAGGAAACCGCUCCAUGGGACGAUACCUGUGCCAGUCGGACACCCCAGAGGACACUGAGCCCCUCCUGCCUCUCCAGCAUGACCCUCCCAUAGCAUCCUCUGCCAGAGCCCAAACUCUUGACCGUGAAGUGCCUUCCUACACAGACAGCCAGAGCUCCUCAGAGGCCACCGUCAUCCAUUCCACAUCUGACCCCAGCAUGAUGACCAGAGGGAUGCGAACUCCACAGAGUCACUUUCCCAAGUCCACCUCCUCAGGAAAACCCAGUUUCCAAAAGCAGAACGGACCAGAGGCAAAGACCCAGGCUGGCCCAUCAUUUGAAUAUGUUGAGGAUACAGUGGCAAGUGAGUCCCUUUCAGGAUGGAGGGGUGAAGAUGCUACUACCACUGAGACCCAGGAACUGAAACAAGUUGAAGAAACAAAAGAAGAUCCUGAGAAUAGAUUAUCUGAAAUUUCCCUGGAGUCGUUCAAUAAAUUUAACAGCAAUACUGUGAUUUUAUUAGAAAAAGAGACGUCUCCAAGCGGAGUUGAAGGACAAAAGGAAGAGAAAGGCAAAAAGACAGAAGCAUCUUCGAGUGGCUCGGACAGGCCUGGGGUAGACAAUGUGGAGUCUCUGAGUGACUCUCUGUAUGAUAGCUUCUCCUCCUGUGCAAGCCGAGGUUCCAGCGAAACCUAGAAGAGCAUCCUCCGUGAGAUGUCUGUAUAGUGCACUAGGAAACAGAUGCGGGAGCUGGGAUGCCAAGAGGGCCAACUCCAGUGAAGCUGACAGCAGCCAACACACCAGAGUUUACUUCUCUCAUAGAUGGAUAAAGAUUGCCUCUACUUACUGUGUUUCAGGACGAUUAAAAGCAAGAUACGAUAGAGACGUCUCAAUGUUUGCACUUUUUGAUUAUUUGUAUAAAAGCUGUAAAUUUUGGGGAAAGAGAGAAAUUAUAUUUGUAGGGGGAGAAAGAUAGCAAUAAAAAGAGUUGGCGUUGCGCUCUUGAAACGAUGUAUUACGUUUUAGAAGUUGAU